GUCACAGGUGGUACUGCGGCCCAGCUGAAGGAGCGCCAGGAAUCAUGGGUAAAUCGAACAGCAAGCUGAAAGCAGAGGUGUUGGAGGAGCUGACCAGGAAAACCUACUUUACAGAGAAGGAGGUGCAGCAGUGGUACAAAGGCUUCAUCAAGGACUGUCCCAGUGGACAGUUGGACGCCGUGGGCUUCCAGAAGAUCUACAAACAGUUCUUUCCCUUCGGAGACCCCACUAAGUUCGCCUCGUUUGUCUUCAACGUCUUUGAUGAAAAUAAGGACGGACGCAUCGAGUUCUCGGAGUUCAUCCAGGCCUUGUCGGUGACUUCUCGAGGAACUCUGGACGAGAAGCUGAGAUGGGCCUUCAAGCUGUACGACCUGGACAACGACGGCUACAUCACGCGCGACGAGAUGCUGAACAUCGUGGACGCCAUUUAUCAGAUGGUGGGGAACACGGUGGAGCUGCCCGAGGAGGAGAACACCCCCGAAAAACGCGUCGACCGAAUCUUUGCCAUGAUGGACAAGAAUGCUGAUGGGAAGCUGACUCUGCAGGAGUUCCAGGAGGGCUCCAAGGCCGACCCCUCCAUCGUCCAGGCCCUGUCCCUGUACGACGGCCUGGUGUAGCUGCGUCGACGGACCCGACCCGACACCGUCCCCCUCGUACCCACAUCCAGCAGCCCAGAAGUCCUGGGUCACGACCCACGGUCUCUGCGGUCAACGUUUCCUCCGAGGUCAUGUCAACGUGAUUCUACGUCUCCAUCAACUUCCUGUUUGUCCUGGACAGCUGACCAACGUUUCCACAGGACUCAGUGGUGGCUCCCCCUGCAGUUAAACCCAGGAAGUGAACGUGUGUCGUGGCCAUGUGUUGUUAAUGACAACAGCUCAGACAAAUGGGGACAGUCUGGGGACAGUCUGGACAGUCUAUGACAGUCUGCGGACAGUCUGUUUACAGUCU